AUGUCUGCGUAUUCCUAUCCCCUGCUAAUCGAGAGGCAUGGCUCUGAGAUCACCAAGAUGGCUGAGAAAAAUAGGGCCGUGAUCAUCAAGGGCCCCAACAGGAUGCGAUCGGAGUCCCUGGAGUAUGACUACAUCAUAAUAGACGAGGUGCACGAGAGGACCGCGCGGACGGACAUAAUCCUGGGCGUGCUGAGGGACAGCUACAAGGGGAGGGUGAUUAUGAUGAGCGCCAGCGUAGACACGGAGAAGCUCGAGCGGUACUUCGGCGCGAAGACCUACGUGAUUCCAGGCAGGAGCUUCCCUGUAGAAAUAAAGUAUCUGGAAAGGCCGACGAGCGACUACAUCGCAGAGUCGUACAUGACGAUAAGGAACAUCCUGGCCCGCACGCGUCGCUGGAGAGAGGAAGGACAUCCUCGUUUUUCUGCCGGGAGAGGUAGGACAUUAACGAGCUGCACCAGCUGUGCGCAGGAUCCAGGCGUCUCUGUCCACAAGAUGCAUCGUCAAUGGACGACAGGGAGCAGGCGCAGAUAUACAAGCCCGACAGCCUCACGCGGGUGAUUCUCUCCACGAACUAUUUGCGAGACGUCGCUUAC